AUGUCCCGCCCCUGGAUCCUCGUCGCCCCAGCCUCCCGCGGCAUAGGCGCCCACCUAACCCGUCACCUCCUCCGCACAACCACCGCCCCGAUCCUCGCAACGUGCCGCUCCCCCGACACGACCGCCGUAAAGCAGUCCAUCCUCUCCUCCCUAUCAUCAUCAUCAUCUUCUUCUUCUUCUUCCUCCUCCUCUGAAAAGAAACAAUCCCACUCCUCCCCAGCCGCAAAGGAAACAGAAGACCUCGCCUCCCGCCUCAAAGUGAUCACCCUCGACGUCACCUCGGAGCCCACAAUCGCCGCCGCCGCCGCCGAGGCAGCCUCCCUCUUCCCAACCUCCACGCACCACCUCCGCCUCGCGCUCGCCACGCCGGGGAUCCUGCACCCGGAAAAGAGCCCCGCCCAGAUCGACUACGACGACGCCCUGGAGACGUUCCGGGUGAACACCCUGGGGCAGAUGAUGCUCAUGAAGCACUUCUCCCCGUUCCUCCCCAAAAAGUCCGUCAAGUUUUCGACAUCCACUUCUUCUUCUUCUUCUUCUUCUUCUUCUUCACCGGAACAUGACGAAGCAAGAGGCCUGCCCCCGUCCCGCGCCGUCUGGGCCGCCAUGUCCGCGCGCGUGGGCUCCACGGCGGACAACCGCAAGGGCGGGUGGUACAGCUACCGCGCCUCCAAGGCCGGCGUCACCUCGCUCGCCAAGUCGCUCGACCUGUGGCUGGCCGCGCGCAGCGGCGAGAGGGCCAUGGCCGUGGCGUAUCACCCGGGGACGGUCAAGACGGGGCUGUCGCAGGGGUUUUGGGAUACCGUGCCCGAGGGGAAGCUGUUUGAGCCCGAGUACGCGGUGGAGAGGAUGUGUAAGGUGCUGACGGAGGAGGUUGGGAUCGAGGGGAGGGGGAGGUUUUGGGAUUGGGCGGGCAAGGAGAUUUUGCCGUAA